AUGGAGUCGCUCACAUCGGCCAUGAAGAGACUGCCAGGCUUCAAGCCUCGAUUGAAUUUAUCAUCCGGAUGCGAUAAAAGCAUGACCAAAUCAGACGGUGCGUCGAAGAGCAGGAGCGGCACGUCCGUUACAAAUUCCAAGACCAGCAUUUUCGACUUGUUCAGUCGCUACAAGAUCGGCAGUACGAGCGACUCUUCGGCCGCGUUUAAUUUCCCAGCCGACACAGCGCCCCAGAGGCGAGCGGUAGUAGACGCGGACGUGCAGCCGGAAAACCAGCAGCCUAGCCCGAAGAUCUGCAGAAGGUCUCAGCCAGAAUGUGCCGGAGGAGCUGGGGUAGCGCCACAUCAAACGUCAGCAACCACAGUUGUUGAAACUGAUCAAGAUGAUGAAGAGGGACGGACCCCGUCCAGCCCCAAGAGAUCGGAUGACGUCACCGUGAUCAAGACAAAGGAUUUCAAGUCUCUGUUUACAUUCUUGACGGAGCUCCACCGGAAAGAAGACAAGGUCAUUGUGUACGUCGCCAGAACGCGUUGCGAUGUUGGUGCCAUACCGAAGGGCACUGAGCUGGCAUUGAAGGUACUGGUGAAUCGAAAGUUCGCCAUUGAGCAGCAGUUCCGAAGCGAGUUCGUGACGCACAUGAAGUGCUGCGCUCUGAAUCAUCCCAACAUUGUCCGCUGCUAUCCCGUACGCCUGGAAGACCGGAACAAGACACAUUUCGCAAUGGCCACCGAACUGUCGCCGAUGGGCAACCUGACGUACAUGCCCCGGGACAAGCAGAUGUCAGAGGUGGUCAACAUCGUCCGAGACAUUGCGCUAGCCCUCAAGCAUAUGCAUGCCAGAGGCUACAUCCACUGUGACGUGAAGCGUGAAAAUAUCGUGCGAUCAGCAGAAGGCAGCCAGAUGCUUUUCAAGCUCAUGGACUUCGGCUCAGCACGCAGGAUCGGUCGGCAUUUCGAUCAAUCGCAAGGCGCUGGAUUCACAACGUCCUACGCGCCACCGGAGAUCUUCGCCGAGAACGAAGCGUCGGCUGGAACCUACCUAGCGCAUGCUUCCAUUGAUGUGUGGGAGUUGGGAAUCACUGCACUCCGCCUGUGCGGUGUAAGGCCUUGGAAGAAGGCAGUGCCGAACUGUGAUGACUAUCGUGAUUUUUGCGAAGCUGUCUCGUCCGGUAAGGCAAACGUUCUGCCGGCUAGCCUGGAUAACCUGCCUGCAAAGCUCUUAACUGUCCUUCCUCACAUACUUCAUCCGACACCAAGCAAGCGAUGCUCAGUAGUAAAAAUAAUCGCUUCGCUCAGUCACCUGCCCGUACACUGUCGUAUCGUAGACGGUGAUGAACAAAGUUCCCAGUAA